AUGUCAUCAUUCCGAAAUCAUGAUUCCACAACACGGAACAACACUGCAGCAGCUCUUCCGUCAUCAUCAACCCAGCCUUCUCUGAGUGAAAAAUUGAGUCUAGUGAAUGAAUGGCUUACCUAUGAUUUACUUCAACAAGAUAUUCCUCCAUUUGAAAAGAAUGAAACGACGAUCAAUUUACUCUAUCAAUUAGUACUCUACAGUAGAAAGCAAUCUCUUCAAUCCAACACUCUGAUGAAUCAUUACAAACAAAAAAUUGUGGAAUAUCAAUCGGAAAGAAAUAGAAUGGAAUAUCUUUUAAAGUCUUUGCAUUUAAACAAAAGUGUUUUGGAUCCUACCUUUCAAAAAGCACAUCAGGUCAUCCCCAAUCAGACACACCACAUGCUCUUACGAAAUGACCGAAUGCAUGGGAGUGAUGGUAGAGAUGUUCAUCAUCCUCUUCAUCAUCGUGUGAGUAAUAUUUUUACAAACCAAAGGGAGCCUGAAAUCAUUCAGAACGAUGAGCCUGAAACAUCGACUCACCAACUUUCAAAGAAAGAAAAUACUAGUCUCCAUCAAUUAGCUGAAUUGGCAUCUCUACUCAAACUCAACAAACCUUCACAAUCAUACUUGAUGGAUGCUCUCUAUGAUUUAUCCAAUGAACAUUCUCAAACAUUACAAGAAUCACAUGAAUUGAAAAUGAUCAUUCAAGAUUUAUCUAAAAAAACGAUUGAGAUCAUUCAAAAGACACACUAUCUCAAUGAAAUUUAUCAACAAUUUAAUGAAGAAAUUCAACAGCGAGAGGUUGAGGAUAGUCUACAAGAACGGUUAUCAACCAUUGAGUACUUGAAAAGAAAAUCUCAAGAAUAUCAAAUUCAAAUCACUCAAUUGCAACAAGAACUUUCUGAAUCUCUAUUACUUGCAAAUCAUAUGGAUGUUUCUCAAUCAUUCUUAAUAGACAUGUACAACAAGAUACAGAAUUUAAAGAAAGAGAUGACUCCUAAACUUGCGAUCAUUGAAAAGUAUCAUCACUUGCCACCCGAUGUACAUCAAGUCCAAUUAAGAAUUUCUCAUGCCAAACAAGAAUUGAAACAAUUGGAAGAUAUUUUCAAUAGAAAGGCUCAACAUAUUUGGUUUGAUUAA